GUAAGUCGAAAGAAAGGGUCAUGAAGGAAGGACAGCAUUGGAGAAACAUGUGGCCUUCUUCGACAGGAACGGAGACGGCGUCGUAUAUCCGUGGGAAACCUACCAAGGAUUUAGAGCGCUUGGGACAGGGCGUCUCACGUCGGCUAUUGUUGCUAUCUUCGUCAACAUGGGACUCAGCGGGAAAACUCGUCCGGGAAAGGGAUUCUCGCCGUUGUUUCCAAUAGAAGUGAAGAAUAGUCGUUUUGGCAUUCAUGGUAGUGAUACCAACGUCUACGACAAGGAUGGAAGAUUUGUGGAAUCAAAAUUCGAGGAGAUAUUCAAGAAGCAUGCUCGUAAACAUAAAGAUGCUCUCACUUCAAAGGAAAUUAAACAAUUGCUUAAGACGAACAGAGAACCUAACGACUUGAAUGGAUGGGUUUCAGCUCUUUUGGAAUGGAAACUAUUACAUAACUUGGCCAAAGACAAAAAUGGGUUGUUGACGAAAGAUGCAGUAAGAGGCGUCUACGAUGGCAGCCUUUUCACACAACUGGAGAAACAAAGAUCAUCAUCUUCUUCUCGUGGCAAGAAACAAAAGCUACCUUAAAAUGUUUACAACCAUUUCAUUAUUUAUGUUUAUGUGAAUCUUCUUACAUUACUAUUAUAUACUU